GCAAGCCUCAGCCUUGUCAAGCCAGUGUCGCAGCCAAGCCAAGCCAAACCUUUGCCUCUGUCUGAACCUCCUGACUCAAUCAUCGACUGCAACACACCUUCUUCCUACCUAGGUACCUGUAUCGUUUCAUCUUGGUGAUACUCGACUGCCAGUGGAUGAUCGUCCAUCAGUAACCGCUGAUGUUUUUGUUCAUACCGGCAAAGGAGUCGGACUCAUUCACUCUCCAUCAAGUUCCAUCCCGCCGGAUGAUCCUACUGAAACCGAGACCGCCACAGUAGCAUGAUCAAACUCGGCACGUCUCGCCAAAUAUGAGGAGGUAGUGGCAGAUCUACCCUGGCAUCUCAUGCUCUAGCCUUGUCCAUCCCCGCGGAUCUCAUGUAGGUCUCGACCGUGGCCUUGUUCAAACUCUGAUCUGCUCAGCCAGCUUUUCAGUGGCACUGCAGGGCAUGGCAGUGCAGCUACUUCGGAACUAACCUCUUCCGACGAGGCUGAAGCUCUGAUACUCCUAGCUAUACUACUACAGGUAGGUGUUGCGCAUCUAACAUCGAAGUUUGAUGUCAUGUUCGACUGGGCCCGCCACAUCCCGUAAGUACCUGAGGUCCCUUACUCUACUACAGGCAAUCAAUAGGUUCAGUACCUAAGCAUAUUGUCUUUCCAUUCCUUUCUCUUUGGUGGUAAUUCAUUCACUCUUUGCGCGGCCAACGCAACGUGUACAAUAUCAAACAGAUCAUUCAUUCUGCCUCUGACGACGGCGCACAACCCGACCUUCCAAACGGAACCAACAGUCGUUCCCUAUCCAGCUGACGGUACCUUGAUCGUCAUCGUCAUGAAGACCUCCAACAUGAAGGCCAUCCACUUAAUAUCAGCUCUACUGUCCGCAUGUUCCACAAUCCUCCAUGUUCGAGCACAAUCUGCACCCGGCUUCCCCAUCCAAGUCAAAGCGACCCAGAACCUCCGCGUCGAUUUCCAAUCCAGUAACUUGGACGUCGACCCAGCGGGAGCGCUAUUACAACGAGAAGAUCUCCUCGACCCCCCCACCGUCCAAGGCCCCAAAGGCUCCACCGCCACCCUAACAUUCAUGCUCUUCAUGGUCGACCAAGACGUCGCAACCGACAACUCCAACGGUCGUCAACAACUUCUUCACUUUUUCCAACCAAAUCUAUCCGGCGGCUCCGAAGUCCUCUUCGCCGACCAAGACGCCGACAACUUCACCUCCGUUCCCGCCGCAAGCUAUAUCCCGCCCAGCCCGCCUGCAGGCGACGGGCCACACAGAUAUACUUUGUUGCUAUAUAGUCAACCUCAAGAUUUUCAGGUUCCGAACUCGUUUCAAGACUUUUUUGCAACGAAAAACAGUGUGAGGGUCGGUUGGGAUAUGGCUGGGUUCGCGGAGGCUGCUGGGCUGGGGGAGCCGGUGGCGGCGAAUUGGUUUCGGGUUCAGAAUGGAGAUAGUACUGGUACUACUGGUGCUGUAUCAUCGUCAUCGGCGGCGUCGGCGACCGCCACGGGAGGAGGAGGAGAAGGAGGAGUUGGUACUGCUACUACCGCGUCUACAGUCUCGACAUCGUCUGCGAAACUCACGUUCAGUAUUGUUUCGACAUCUUCGGCAGCAUCGUCAAUGGGCGCAUCAUCAGGUACCGGUGAUGGUGGCACGCCGAGUCUUACUAUUGUGACGCUGAGUCCGACUGCCACUCCCACCAGUGAUGCUGGUUCAGCUUCAUCUGCGAGUGCGACGGGGGCGACAGUCGCAACGACGGACGCGACGUCUCCCUCUGGUGCUGCGACGGGGGCUUCAACUCCGGGCUCCAAUGCCUCAGGCGCUGCUACUGCUGCUGCGAGUUCCAGUUCCAUUUCUGUUGGAACAUCGGCUGCUCCGAGUCUGUCGGUGCUGAGAUGGAGCAAUCUAGGUCUGGUGGCCACUAGCCUGGUAUUGGGCCUUGUUACUGGUGCCGACUUGGUCAUGUGGUGAGCUGCAGCACUGUAUCACCGAUGUACAUUAGACAAACAACAGAAGAAUGGAUUUCCAAAGGUCAGAAAUAGAUAGGUAUAUGUAUAUGUAUAUGUUUGUAUGUACAGUACAUGCAUAAAUGACCAACCAUGCAACUAG